GGAGGGAAGGAGGGGAAGGCAAUCCGAGGAGGAGGAGGAGAGAGCAGCCUCCCGCAGACAGCGAAGAGAAUGGGAGUGCGGGGCGACAGACCGCCGCGGGGUGUCACGGCAGUGGCCGAGCUUGCCAGGCGCAAGGCCGGUGCCCGCCGCUUUUAAACCCGGGAGGGCGCGGCGGCGGCAGCGGCGGCGACGGGCGGAUCGCGGCGCGCGCGGGGAGCCGGGAGGCGGCCGAAUGGAGAGGAAGGGCUCGGCGGCCGGGGCCAAAGGAAACCCUAGCCCGCCCGCGGCCGGUGAGGCGCAGCGGCCACAGCCGCCUCUGUGCGUCCCGGGCGGCAGCGGAGGGACCCCGGCGCGGGGCCAGGCUGGGGCGGCGGCUGAGCCCGCCGAGUUCAUCAGGCGCGCGCACGAGUUCAAGAGCCAAGGGGCGCAGUGCUACAAGGACAAGAAAUUCCGCGAAGCCAUCGGCAAAUACCACAGGGCGUUGCUGGAGCUGAAGGGGCUGCUGCCGGCUGCCGGGGAACGGGAGCGGGACUCGCGCUCGGCCUCCCCGGCCGGGGCCCCCAACCCCGGUCGCCUCUCAGAGGAGCAGAGCAAGACGGUGGAAGCCAUCGAGAUCGACUGCUACAACAGCCUGGCAGCCUGCCUGCUCCAGGCUGAGCUGGUGAACUACGAGCGAGUCAAGGAGUACUGCCUCAAAGUCCUGAAGAAAGAAGGCGAGAACUUCAAGGCCCUUUACCGGUCCGGUGUGGCCUUCUACCACCUCGGAGACUAUGACAAAGCACUCUACUACCUGAAAGAAGCAAGGACCCGACAGCCCACAGACACCAACGUGAUUCGAUAUAUCCAGCUGACGGAGAUGAAGCUCAGCAGAUGCUCCCAGAGAGAGAAGGAAGCCAUGUAACCAGAACACCUUUCUAGAGCCGAGCCUGACCCAGGACAUCCAGGCACCCCCGCCCGGUGGAAAGCCCCCCCCCCGGGUUCUGUUCCUUGCUCCCCACUUCCAACUCCUAUUGCCCCUCAAUUCUUUGUCUACGCCCAGUGUGAAAAGAAGGGGACAUGCAGAUUCAGGAUCUGGUGGGUGGCCCUGACAUCCUCUUUUCAGCAGGGCAGCCCCCGCAAGGGACCUGACUUCUGCAGGAAGAGCUGGAGAGGACCCUCUCCAGUUGGGAAAGCCUUUGCAGCUGUGACUCGGGCCAGUGCUUCUGACAAAGGCGGAGCCUUGCAGGUGUAGCACCCUGAAGGCAUCAGGCACGUUGCCCACGGGCUGGCCCCUCCACCCCUUCCUAACAGACAGGAGCAUCUCAAGGCAACUGUGACAAGUCCAGGGAUGAGAAGUGUUGGUGAAGCCAACACAGUCCCGGGAAUUUGUACACUGGAUUUCUGCACCGCUACUCCCCACCCCCAGGAGCCUCAGGCCCUGCCUCCCUCCCCCACUUGUUGUCUUGGCUUGUGCUCUCUUCUCGCCCCCUCGGGGGUCAGAGACGCUGCCAGGAUUCACAUACCAUUGAAGCCCACUCUCAGUGCCCUCUGAUGACCACGCAUAACAUUCUCCCGUACUCCCACCCAGCAGGCAGCUGGGACAGCAGAAGGGGAGGGUGAAGUGGACCAAGGGCUGACCACGUAGGUGAUGGGGGCGGGAGAGAUGAGUCCUAGGGGAAAGAGCAUUGUACAGACUGGGAGAAUGAACUGUGGACUAAUUAAGUGUAAAUAAAAAUAAAUUAACAGG